AGUGACCAUUCCCCCGAGUUUUCCAUUGGCUGUGUUAGGGUGGCAGCCGUUUAACCUGAAAAUUAUUAUUGUUGUGGCUGUUUAUAUUAGUAUCGAUCUACCUUACAGGGCCGUUGUGAAUAUAGAAAGCUCAGACUGUUGGUCCACCUAGCUCAGCAUGGCCUACGCUGAGUGGCAGCAGUUCUUCAAGGUUUUAUACAGGGGUCUCUUCCCGGAGACACCAGGGACUUGAACUUGGGAGGUUCUGCAUGCAAAACAGAUGCUCUAUCAUUGAGCCAUGGGCCUUUCCCACAGGAACAAGACAUGUAAAGCAUUCUGGACAUGUGUUGAGCACCCUGGUGACCAUCUGGGCCGACAAUCCUGGGAUACGUGUAGCAGAGCAGAUGGAGCUGAGCUGGAUUUGCAGCAGCUCCGUUCCAAACUACUCAGAGGAUACAUUUACAUCUUUCAGCGAAGGAGAGGAGGAAACCUGCAGGCAAUACGAGAAUGACCCAUUUGAAUCUUAUUACUCUGGAGAGGAGUCAGAAUGGCCUGCUGUGACAGAUCUGCGUGAAAGUACAUGGCAAUCAUCGAGUCAAAAUGAUGAAGAAGAAGAGCCAGAGGUUUUGGAUUCUACAGCUGUAAGAGAAUAUCUAAGUAGAUGGAUUUGUCUUCUGAAAGACAACAGGGCUAGCAAGCAAGCCAAAUCUGUCACUGAACCAGAUAACAGAAUUACUGAGGUAUCUGAGGAAGAACUGAUUGCUCUACAAUCGUUUUGUGCCAUCAAGAUUAACCAGCUGUGUCAUGUGUCAACCUCAACACCAUUGAAGAGGAACAAGCGUAACUAUCAGAGGCAUAGAUUCACUUCAGAAAAGCCACUGACAUGUGAUUUGAACUGUACUGUCCCUGAGCAACUAAUGAACAGACUCCAUCUGAAAAAUAUCAAGGAGACACUGAAACAGAUAACAGAUGCUGAAAUGCACCAACCUUCUCGAUGUCUUCAUUGUACCAAGAAAAGAGCAGAGCUGGCCCAAGAUAUUUUUCUCCGACGAAGGAAGACCUUGAUGGAAGAGGUUUUGCUUCAAGAGAAAUUGGAAGAAUGCAUGUAUACCAAAGAUGCUCUCACCCUCAUUGGAGAAAUACACAGAAGUCUUCCUAAGCUAUCCGAAGAUCCCAAGAACAUUUGGCAGGAACUGAAUGAGAGCGGUUUGAAAGCAUAAUGCGUGUUGGAUUAUGAACAUUCAUGAAAGUGGAAGAGGCACAUAGGCCACACAAACUGACCUAAGAAAGAUAUAAUCGUUGAUAUUUGACAAGCUAUUCUCUGGACAGAUAUGCCUCUUGCAAUUGACUGGAUUUCCAGGGUCCAACUUGGCAUCCUGUAACAGAACAAUAUGCUAUCAUCUAACUAAAUCUGUUUUUCAAAUGAUGGAAGGGGACUUCAUUCUUAUUAUUUUGACAAGCCAUGGGUAUAGUGUUUGUGAAUUUCCUUUCAGGAUUUGGGAGCUACUCACAGCUGCUUCCACCUGUAAGGAAAACAAAUGGCUCUGUUUUUCAAGGCAGGGAGAAGUAAUUAUUGGGUUUCAGCUCAAUCUCUGCCAGCUGCCACUGGUUAAAUUGAAAACUGGAGGCCCAGGUAGAAGGGGGGGGGGAGAAAGUUGCAAAGGAACAGCAGAAGAGGUAAAAUGGAGAGGUUUUUUAAAAUGUAUAUAUAUUGUUGAAAACAAUGACAAUAUGAACUGGAAUUAAUCCAUAACCCAGAGGACUCCAAGACAACAAGCAGGGUUAUUAAAUUCGUAAUGUCAGUUUGCGGAUACUGAAGGAAAUAGGGAACAAAAACAGUUGAUAUAACUGGAAUAAAAUGUCCAGAUGCUAUUUCUUGUAUUUUCUUUUUUGAAUGGCAGUGUCUGGUUUGAGAAUUAUAUUACAUAUGUUUUGUUACGGUG